CGCCACUAUUGUACUCCUAGUUAGCGCCAGCCGAGAUAGUCUCAAUAGGCUGCAACUAGGCAGGAGAGGUUCCGCCUGGAAGCACGGGCGCAGAAGUUUGCCGCUGAAGUUUGGCGCGGGAGCUUAGUUUGCUAAAGCUCGCAGCUAGGCUGGCUGAUUCUGCGCGUCCUCAGGCAGGCGCGUGCCUCUUAGCGGCGCAAAGGCAAUCAGCGUCAAUAUGCACGACUCGCUAAUACGAGUGCGCAUCGGAAGCAACGAUACACGUCAUUGGCGGCGACGCAAGCAAAGGGGCGAAAUCUCCCGCACAAUUUCAACAUUGCCUAGUGCUAGGUUGCGAUACUUCCCAAAGAGACCCGCCAGCCAAACCCUAAUACAGCCUUCCCUCAGCGGCUUGCGUCGCGCGGAGGCGGCUUUUUCUGGUUUUCGUAAAUCAGUACCUGGUCGCAUACGUUCUGGUCGCAUACGUUCUGGUCGCAUACGUUCUGGUCAGACGUCCUUCGUUUCGCCUAAGCGAGUCUAAGACAUGGACAGUACCCUCAGCUUGUAAUAUUGAGCAAGCUCCCUCCGGCAUAGUCCAGCCAUUGCCGUGCAUACCCUGGCCAUAGUAGAAGGAUCUUUUUGAAUUCGGCGGUUGACAAUCCCCCAAGAUCCCCAAAUAUCCCGCAAGAUCCCGCAAGAUCCCGCAAGCUGACGUUGGAACCACUUGUACGGAAAGUAGUAGUUUCCCCCUCCGUAACGCGUCGUCCGAUGGCGAAUCGUUCAUGUCACGCCGCUGCCCAGUCACGCCGGGGCAGCAUAGCUUGCAUGCUUGCGUUGCUUAUCCUCGCUACAAGCGUCUUCGGACAGGAAGCUGAGCAAUCAGGGAUCGUCUUGGAGCCCCAGCAGCCAUCGCAAGAGGACCCCUCCUGGAAUCCGGAAGCCUCUCAGCCGCCCACACCUGGAAAUCCACCUGAGACUCCGACAGAAACAACACCUGAAACGGCACCUGAAAUGGCACCUGAGACGGCACCCGAAUCCGCACCUGGGCCGAUUCCUGAAACGCCAGGAGACUCCUCCAAUGUACCGACCUUCAAUUCAACGGAAAAACCGCCGGAAAUUCCGCUGCUGGAUCCCCCCGUCGACAAGGCAAUCCCCUCCCCCGCAUCUGACGUGUACAUCGUCCGCCUCCGCGCCGCCCCGCCAAUCGCGGGAUACACCGGCGGAAUCAACGGUAUUCCCGCCACGGCAGCAGAAGCUGUCAGAGAUUCAAUAUCUGACGUCAUCAACUCUGUGGCUGGCCGGAUUCGCAGGGGGCGUCGCAGGGCGAAUCGCCAAUCGUCGCGACUGAACCUGGGGUCGCCAGCCGUCGCUCGGUUCAAGCAGUGGUUGGAUCAGCUGCAGGACCGAGUUGCGAAUGAUGUUCGCCUGCCGCGCGCGAAUGUACUGUACAAAUUCAAACACGUCAGCAAUGCCUUCGUGGCGCGUUUGACACCUAAGCAGCUGCAGCAGCUGAAGCGGCACCCAGCAGUGGCCGAAAUCAAACCCAACUACCAAAUCAGCAAGCUCACCACAGACUCGGCAAACUUUUUGGCCCUGCCCGAAACCCUCUGGUCUGCCCGGGGCCGCGACCGGGCGGGAGAGGGCGUGGUGGUGGGAAUUGUCGACACGGGUAUUUGGCCGGAACACCCGUCAUUUUCCUCAAAUGUGACUGUAACAUACCCUAACCCUCCGCCCACGUGGAAAGGCGCAUGUCAGGCGACAGCCGAUUUUAAGUGCAACCGGAAGGUCAUCGGAGCAAAGUUUUUCAACGCCGGGUUCCGGACGUGGUUCGGGCAGGAAAACUUGCGGGCUGAUUGGGCGUCGGCUCGUGAUGCGGACGGACACGGGUCCUGGUGUGCAGCAGCAGCAGCAGGCAACAGCAACGUGCCCAUGGUACUGCCUCCCAGGAAAACAACCGUGGGCAACGCAACAGGCAUGGCGCCCCGAGCCUUCCUCGCCGCCUACAAGGUCUUCUGGGGCAACGCCAACUCAGGCGGGACCACUGCCACGUAUGCUGACGUGGAGGCAGCUGUCAACGCCGCUGUCGCUGAUGGCGUCGACGUCAUCUCUCUCUCCCUGGGUGGCGCCGAUCCCAGUGCCACUUAUUUUAGUGACCUGCCCUAUUUAUACGCGAAUCUGGCCGGCACAGUGGUGGUGUAUGCGGCGGGGAACUCCGGCCCGCCGCCUUACAGCUCGUCAUUGUAUCGGAGCAUCUCGAACUUCUCGCCGUUCUACCUGACUGUUGGCGCCAGCACCAUAGCGCGCCGUUAUGUGUCUUCAGCCACUCUGGGCGACGGCCGGGUCGUCACGCUCUACGGCUUUGGCUCGGGAAACGUGGCGGUGCAGAGGCUGGGGUUGGUGGACGGGAUCAUGGUGCGGGCCGCAGGGAAGAGCGAAACCGAGGGCCAGUACUGCUUUGAGGGUUCACUCAACGCCACCAAGAUUGCUAACAAGAUCGUCCUCUGCUCGUACGGGUGGACCAGCACCUCCAGCAAGGUGGCCGAGGGUGGCGAGUAAAGGCGGCAAGGCGGUCAUCGUGGUGGACGUGCCAGCAGCAGCCCGGCCGUACCCGAUCUAUGAGAGCCGGCUGCCGGUGAUGGGAGCAGAGGCGGCUGAAACGAGCAUCCUUCGAAUGUAUACCCGCGUCAUGGUCAGCCCUACUGCAUCCCUCGCGUAUACAUUCAAGACCGACCUAACCUCCGAUCAAGCCCCCGAAGUCGCUUACUUCUCGUCCGCCGGUCCGGUCAACAACCCCUCGGCUGCAAACAGGCUCUCCUUCCCCACCAACGACAUCUUAAAACCCGAUAUAAUCGGUCCCGGCGUUUCACUAUGGGCUGCUGUGCGAUCUUCUUCUCUUGCGUCUGCUUCGACCCCGACUUUCGCCAUGCUGAGCGGAACCUCCAUGGCUACACCGCACUUAGCUGGAAUUGCAGCGUUACUCGUCGAGAGAUACCCUGCGUGGACCCCAUCGCAAGUUAUGUCGGCGAUUAUGACUACAGCGAAUGUGACUACUAACAAAAAUGGGAAGAUUUUAACGGAUGCGACUGGCGGGGUGGCGACGCCGUGGGAUAUGGGAUCAGGCCAUGUCAAUCCCAAGGGUCUUAUGGACCCGGGGCUCACAUUUCCCGCCACUGCGACAGAUUUCUACAAUUUCCUUGCCGGGCAGAAUUUGGCAACCACCAAGACGGUUGUGCCAAUGGGGACGAAGCUGUCCCCGUUUCCGGCAUACAAUUUGAACCGCCCAACGAUUUCGGUUUCACGGCUGAACAAAACGGUGCUGGUGACGCGACGGGUGCAGAACAUCGCGAAUACAGUAUCGAACUACACCGCUACUAUUGUUACACCGCCUGGUAUUAUUACGGCUAUAAGUCCCAACAGGUUUACGAUUCAACCGAUGGGGACGGUAACAUUCUCGCUUCGGUUCACGGUAGCAACGGCAUCACCUGAUUUCCAGUUUGGAAGUCUGACGUGGAAGGACCAGUUCGGUCACGCGGUGCAGUCGGUGCUGGCGGUUCAACCUCUCUACAAGUGAGGUGGAUGUUCACAGGUCCGCCAAUGUGUGAUAACAUGCUCGCGGCCAUGUGGUGAAGUCGGUGCUGGCGGUGCAGGCUCUCUACAAGUAAGGUGGAUGGAAAAGGUUCACAGUUACUCCCGUGGGGAUGACACCAUGUUUGCUCCGGUUCACGGUCGCAACAGCAUCUCCUGCUUUCCAGUUUGGGAGUCUGAUGUGGAAGGACCAGUUUGGUCACGCGGUGCGGUCGGUGCUGGCCGUUCAGCCUCUCCACAAAUGAGGCGGAUGGAGAAGGUUGGAUUAGUUAGGUUAGGUGAGGAAGACGAAGACAUGGCUGCCCAUGUGGUGUGGUAGGUGCUGGCAGUGCAGUUUCUCUACCAGAAAGGGUGGAUGGAGAAAGGUGUAAUCGCGACCACCCUAACCCAUGGGUUGGUAAGGAAGGGGCCACGCGCAACGGUGUCAGUGUCCUGAGCUGUAUUGUAGCAGAGAUCAGUUGGUGCACGGUUGACAGGGAGAAGGAGAUGGAGUAGCGGCGGCGAGCAAGAGAACCCAGGGAGUGUGAGUGGGCGUUGCCAUGCGGAGCUGCGGAAAUACCAUGCCUGCUCAUGCAGCGUACGGCAGCCUCCUUCUCAAUAAAGAGCAGCAGGAGCUGCUCCCAACACUGAUAUGGUAUCACUCACACCGUGGUGGUACUAGUGGCCAGCAUCGAGGCUGUGGUGCAUAUCUAUCUACCCUACCCACCUGUCAUGCUGCAGUGCCUCUUGAGUGGUGACGAUGCAAGGCGAGGCGAGGCGAGCUAGACGGGACAUCAAUAAGGGUAUCUUGGAGGAGAGCUUGAUUGUCCCUUAUGAAGUUAUAAAUCAUAGACUUCUGCAUUCUCCAGAUUAUACCCAGCCUUGUUACCACCCAUGACUUUGCUACAAUGUUUUGCUUUGCUUGCCAACAGCCAGAGCUGGGGAAACAGAAUGUGCUAUGUGUCGAUCCUCUCUCUCUCUCUAGGGAGGGUACUGGGGAGGCUUUCCCUGGGGAAGGUGGAUAUAUAUGGAGCCUAACUUAUCAAACAUAUUUGUGUAUGUUUAGUAGACUACAUAGGGUCUUGCCAUAGAGAGUACAACCCACUAGCUAUAUACCCAUGUAUGCUCUCAUUCUAGU